AUGGGGACCGCGGGCACCCCGAUGGUCGACAAUGCUGGGGACGAGGAUGAAGAGUCGUCCGACGAAGAGGAAGAAGUCGUGAUGGAAACGGCGAGAAAGCUCGAGUGCGACAGCGCAUGGAAGAAUCACGCCCGAGUCCAAGUGACACUGCCCGCGGGGAUGCAGCCGAACGUCGUGCACAUCAACACCUUUUGUUCCAACGAGAACAACAAGUUGUGGGGGGAAAUCGGGUACACGGAGGUGGCCGCCCUUCCCCACACGGCGACCAAUCGCUUCAAGAUCACCGACGACCUCGUCAAGGCAUACGCGAAAAUCGCCGCGCGCGCGAAUGACCUCGGGCUCAGCAAACCCGCCGAGGACGGCGGCUCCAAGGUCAUGUUGAUGCCGCUGGUGACGGAAACGUUGCAGAGGCAAGGAAUGGUGAGGAGGAGGAGCCGGCGCCGGCGACGCCGUUGGCGACGACCGCCCCACCGGAGGCGGCGCCAUACACGCCUCUGGGCACGCCGGAUGACCCCGUCACCAUCGACAUCGACCUCGCUCAGUGAGACACGCGCCCCCUCGCGGGAUGGAUGGGAUGGUGAUGGUUGUUUUGAGAGCCGCUCGAAGGCCGCUCGAAGUGUUAUAUGGAUUUGA